GGAUCACCUCGUCCGGGUGAUUAUUAUGUACGACGAAGAGGUUGGGAGGUGUGGCGUUUUCAUGAGGAUCGACUAGGCUGACAUUCCCGGCUGUUCCGAGCACCUGUUUCCAUUUGUCCCAUGGCUAACAAUUUGAAAUGCUUCUCCUGUGGAGGUGACGACCAUUUUGCUCGGGAAUGUCCGACGAAUCGGCCUAAUCCUGGCGACGGGGCAGGGAAUGGACCUUCUACUCCUACUCCAGCUACUCCUCGUUUCUGGACACCGCGUCGCAAUCCGGAGGAUCUUGAGGAGAAGGAGUUCCUCCGUACUCUCCUUAAUAAGCGCACACAACAGGAGGCUCUCAAAAAGGAGAUGGAGGAUCGUCAGCGUAUUCAAGAGCAACUUAAGGUGGAAACAGCGCGCCACGCUGAGGCCACAAAAGCUGAAUUGCUUGCUUUGUUUGGACGACAAUUCAUCGCCAAUCGGGACGAGGCUAGACGCGAAGAGAUCCGGAUAACGCGGACGCCGCCAUCUUCUAGGCGGAGGGAUUUGCGGGAUGAUGAGCACGGUGAAAUGGACGAUAUCGAUGACGAAAUUCGACGUUUGUACGCUCUCCGGGAGAAACGAAGGAGGGGCAAGGCUCCUGCUUCGGAGGGGGUGGCCUUUCGGCAGCCUACCUUUAAUUUGGAUGGUUCUCCCGCGGAUGACGCGCGCACUYGCGCCGAGUUUUCCAGGCAGGCGGAGGACAGGCGAAAGAAAGUUCCGGSGGGCGAAGGGCMCGAUGGGAUUCUGCAUUACAUCCUUGAGCAGCACAGGACACYGGAARGGCUGCGUCAAGAUCAGUUGAAGAAGAUUUGCAUCAACGAGGGCCUUCAUUAUUGUACUAAAGGACCCUCCAUCAAUCGAAUUAUAGCUGCGCGCACCAAAUUGGCCUAUGAAGGGUUUGUUGUGGUUCCUUCUCGGGCCGUUGCGGCCUCUCCACCUCUUUCACUUGAGAACGCUGAAUCUAACCCCUCAUGACUAGCACGUUUUUCCUCCUUUCAUCUUUGGCGUAAUCUUUUGGAAGUCAUGAGAUACCGAACGAAUGCCUUUGUGUUGGAUUUACCUUCUUGAAUUCGGCUGCUUUAUGAUAAAUGCUGUACGUUGUG